UAUGGGCCACAGAGGCGCUAGGAAAAUCACGGAGCUGGGACCUUACCACCUCUCUCUUUCUCCCUCUCUCUCUCUUUCUCUCCCUCUCUCUCCCUCGCUUUCUCUCUUUCUCUGGCCGUCAGUGGACUUCUUUCUCUGCACACGUCUUUCUCUGAAACGUGUGUGUGCGUAAAAGAGAGGGGAGGAAUAAAGUGAGUGUGUGCGUGUGAGGGGUGCGUGUCCGGAGCAAGUAAAGGCAGGGGGAUUAUUCGGCGCUAUCGAAAUAUUUCAACACGUCGCCCUCGCAGCAGGACUGAAGCCAAUAAGAAGGAACCCUUUUUAACAGGAAUGCCGAUAUGGUAAACAGCAGCAGAAGAGAAAGAAUGCGCCGCAGUCAAUUAAGUGACUCACCCCAGUUGCUUUAAAUCGACUAAUGUCCGAAAGCGCAGUGAGAAACUGAAAGGUGUCCGAUGCGCGUCAGCCUCCGUAUAAAAUCAGCGUCGCAGCAUUUUUGAAGAUUAAUGGAGAUCAUUUUUGCAUUCUACUUUGCGGAGUUUUGAUCAAAACCCAACAGAGGACUGUAUACAUUUCCUUUCAACUUGAGAAAAUAUAUUGGAUGUUUGUUCCUGACGAGCUGUAGGAGGAGUUCAGAUUUUUUUUUCUUUUCUUUUUUUUCCUUUUUAAGUUUUGACACCACUUGCUCCACUCAGCUUUUACCUAUCUGCUUUUGGCAAGACAUAUUUUUGCUCCAUCCAGUCAGCCGUCUACGUUUGUUGCAUGCACUUGGAUGAACUUCCUGAUGAGAGAUCCAGUCAUACAAGGAUCAAGUAUGGCAUAUCACCCGUUUAUACCUCACCGGGGUCCUGAAUUUGCCAUGAGUGCAAUGCUGGGUCACCAGCCUCCUUUCUUCCCGGCCCUGGCCCUCCCUCCCAGCGGCUCCCUGUCGCUGCCGGGCGCCUUGGGAAAGCCGAUCAUGGACCAGUUGAUGGGAGCCGCGGAGACCGGGCUACACUUCUCUUCGCUGGGGCACCAGGCUGCAGCCGCCCACCUGAGGCCUCUGAAGACGCUGGAGCCCGAAGAGGAGGUGGAGGACGACCCGAAAGUGCACUUGGAAGCUAAGGAGCUUUGGGAACUCUUCCACAAAAAGGGCACUGAGAUGGUGAUCACAAAAUCCGGAAGGCGGAUGUUCCCCCCCUUCAAAGUGAGAUGCACUGGUCUGGAUAAGAAGGCCAAGUACAUACUCUUGAUGGAUAUAGUUGCAGCUGACGACUGCAGGUACAAAUUUCAUAAUUCCCGCUGGAUGGUGGCAGGAAAGGCCGACCCUGAAAUGCCAAAGAGGAUGUACAUUCACCCGGACAGUCCAGCUACUGGUGAACAGUGGAUGUCAAAAGUCGUCAAUUUUCACAAACUCAAGCUGACAAAUAACAUCUCCGACAAGCAUGGAUUUGUAAGUUCAACUAAUACCAUUCUUAAUUCGAUGCACAAAUACCAGCCUCGAUUUCACAUCGUGAGGGCCAACGAUAUUCUCAAACUGCCGUAUAGCACCUUCAGGACGUACGUUUUCCCCGAAACGGACUUCAUUGCCGUCACGGCUUAUCAAAAUGACAAGAUAACCCAGCUGAAAAUCGACCAUAAUCCAUUUGCUAAAGGAUUCCGUGACACCGGUAAUGGGAGACGUGAAAAGAGGAAACAGCUGGCUCUACAAUCUAUGCGUUCAUACGACGAACAGCAGAAAAAGGAAAACGGCGCUUCAGACGACUCCUCCGGCGAGCAGGCUCCCUUUAAGUGUUUCGGCAAGGCCUCGUCCCCCGCCGUGUCUACGGCGGGCCCCCCACACCUGAAAGAUUUCUGCGACAGCGAUGAGGACAGCGAUGAUGAGAGCAAAGAUGGACACAAUAAAGACGGUCCGGACUCAAGCAAGAUUUCCACCACUACGGAGGAUGGAAAAGACCACGAGGCCAGCCCAGCUAAGGGGAAUCCAUUUAUGAACAAUGCCUCGAAAAGUGGACCCAGAACUGAGAAAAGCCAAGCAGACUCCCGACAGAGCCCCAUCACGGUCAUCUCCAGCACCACACGCACUGGAGAGGAUCUCAAGAGCCCGAACCUGGACCAAUCGAAAACGGACGAAUGUAGGUCAAUAAGCAAGGACAGUUUCGUGCCUUUGACGGUUCAGACUGAAAGCGCACACAUAGGCCACAACCACUUGCAUAAUUUUGGAUUUCCAGCGGGCCUGGCGGGACAGCAGUUUUUCAAUCACAUAGGGAGCGCACAUCCGUUCCUCCUGCACCCCAGUCAGUUCAGCAUGGGGGGUGCGUUCUCAAACAUGGCUGCAGGGAUGGGGCCGCUGCUGGCAGCGGUGUCGUCGGGAGGGGUGAGCACCAUGGACACGACCAGCAUGGCAUCACCUCAGCAAAGCUUGGCGGGGACAGCAGGGCUACCCUUUCAUCUGCAGCAACAUGUCUUGGCAUCACAGGGCAUUGCCAUGUCUCCGUUUGGAAGCCUGUUCCCUUAUCCAUACACGUACAUGGCCGCAGCUGCUGCAGCUUCGUCCGCCGCCUCCUCUUCGAUGCACCGGCACCCUUUCAUGAACUCAGUGCGCCCCCGACUCAGGUACAGCCCCUACUCCCUCCCGAUGACGUUACCGGACAGCACUCUGCUCACCACCGCCAUGCCGUCCAUGGCCGGUGGCGACCUGAAAGUGGACGGCAUCGUCCCGGCCAGCCCCGCGUCCGCUGUCACCCUGGAUUCCACGUCUGAGGUGACCAGCCACUCGUCGACGCUGUCUUCUGGCUCCAUGUCCCUGUCUCCAAAGACUUGCACGGAGAAGGACGCCGCCAACGAGUUACAGAGCAUCCAGCGCCUGGUCAGCGGACUGGACUCGAACCAGGACAGACCUAGGAGCGGAUCCCCUUAGGACUUUCUGGAGCAGCCCGUCUGCUUCUUAUUUCGUUGUUGUCAUGACAAUUAAUUAAAGCGUGUUGAAAUUGAUAAAGACAAUGGGCUAAUAAUAGCAGGACACCCUCGCAGACUCAUGCAGGUUUUAAAAGGAAAAAAAAUCUACUAAAAACGUGAACUAUGGACGCUUUAGUUUCUGAAAUGCACUUUGUUUAAUACACAUCUGAUAUGUAUAUUUCUACCUUUCUCUCUCUUGUUUUUUUUUUUGUUAAAUUAAACAUUUUUCCCCCUCUGUCAUUUGAAUACCGUACAAGUAUUGAAACUGAAGCUAUAGACAUGGGUGUGACUUAGAGAUUUUGGAGAAGUUGCUGCUGUGUCCUAUCUCCUAUAACCUUAUUUCACACGAGGAGAAAAACGCUUUUUUUAUGCACUCUGAAUUGAUUUGACCUAUUUGAAUUUACUACCGUUUGACCUACAUUUUAAAAAGACUGCUGUAUUUUGUUGUACGCCGAGAAUUGAUUGAACAUUUGUUGCAUGCCCUCUUAAAACAUAAUCCAAUGUUAUUUUAAUACUUAUAAAAAGUGGAAAAAGUAUGGAAAUGUUAAUGUUAGAGUAUAAUUAACACAUUUGCUUAAAGGAAAUCUUUUAAUUAGGAUAUUAAUUCAAAAAAGAGUUUUUUUUUCUUGGUACCUUUUAGAAAUGAAAAGGGGUAUUGAAUGGCUGGUGCUCCGAGAGAUAAUAAAAUAAUAAAAGGCCCAAGCAUGUCGAAUUUCGCCCAAACCGGCAAAGGGAACCAGAAUUUUAAAAUUAAUGUUAAAGAAAAAAAAUGGAAGGUAGUAUUGAUGAUUGAUGUAAAUAGGGAUAUAUAGAAUAUUUAUGUAAUUAUUUCAUAUUGUUAAUGCGUGUAAAUACAACUGAGUAGUUUGUUUAUAGGGAUCUGUUCUUAAUUUAUUGUCGAUAUACCUGUGUAAAGAUAGUUUGUGGACUAUUAUCCUUUUGAUGCCAUCUACAUUCAUACCCUCUUAAAAAUAUUGACUCCACCCCGUCCCAAAUAUCCACAGAGCUAGUUAUUCACACUCAUGUGCCAUUGUAUUUUCACCUGUUGUCCCUGUGUGUGAAGUGCUACUGUUUAAAACGAAUGGGAAAGCGACGACGCACUGCACCCAAGGCUUGAAAAAAAUGUUAUUUUCAUUUUUAUUAUUAUUGUUAUUAUUAUUAUUGACAAAAAGUGUCGUUGAAGCGUAACAGAAGUGGUUUUUUUCUGUUUUUAAAAUACUUUGCGAACUCGAUCGUUAAAGUGCCGCAUAAAAGAAAAAUAUGAAGGUUUCGUUUUUGUUGUGUGUUUCUUAAGUUGUCAGUGGGUUAUGUUGUAUUGGAGUUAUACAUAGUUUACAACAUCGACAUUGUGUUCUUGAAAGUUUCAAUAAAAUACUGAAAUGCCCA